AUGUUAAGGAGAUCGUUCAAACCUCUUCAGAGGUCGUCUUUGUUUUUAAGAUCUUAUUCAGAAGUACCGCAAACACCACAACAAAACUCACCAUCUUCAACAGAAACCAAAUAUGAACAUAAACUAUCACAUAAAGAAUUAAGAGAACAAGCUAUAGCAGAAGCAUUAGCAAGAGAAGAAGAAGCAAUUGAAAAAUCUAAGAAGAUAAGAGAGUUGACUGAAGAAUCUAGAGAGCUUAUCAAAACUUUAAAUAAAACUCCAACAAAUUUAAUACAGGAACGUAUAUCAAAAUUAAAUAAAGAUUUAUCUGAAAUAUCAAAAGAUAAAGUAAAACAAUUAGAUGAAGAAUUACGAGAGUAUAUGACAAACAAUAUGAAUUUAACUAAUGAUAUAUUAUCGAACAGACCUUGGUUAAAACAAACCCAACAACAACAAAUCGCUAACAAAGGAACUUCAUCAUCAUCAACAUCAUCAUCAAAUCAAUUCACUUCGCAAUAUCCAAAUUUAAAACCAACUCCAGAUUAUAAAGAUUACUCAAAACAAGAAUUAUAUUUAAGACAAUUAAAUUAUUUAAGAACUUCCGGAUUAUUAGGUUCAAAAUUAGAGAAUAUAUAUAAACCACAAAAUGAUACAAUAAAACCACCAAAAAUUUCACAAACUACAAUAAAAAAUUUAAUGGCAGCUGGAUGUCAUUUAGGUCAUUCUACAUCAUCAUUUAAUCCAAAAUUCCAACCAUUUUUAUAUGGAACUUAUGAAGGUAUUCAUUUAAUAGAUUUAAAUCAAACAAUUGAACAAUUAAAAUUAGCUUGUAAAAUAAUUGAAGGUAUAAAUGAAAAAGGUGGAAUUAUAUUAUUUGUAGGAACUCAUAAGAAUUGGUCAAUACAAGAAUCUUUAGUAUAUGCAGCAAAAAGAUCUAAAAGUUAUUACGUUUCAAAAAGAUGGAUCCCAGGUACAAUUACAAAUUAUUUGGAAAUAAAUAAACAAAUAAAAGAUCCAUUAAUGAAACAAACAAUAGAUAUGAAUGAUUCAAAAGUUCAUGUACGUACAACAACAACAAAUGAUAACUCAAUAAUAAAACCAGAUUUAGUUAUAAUUUUAAACCCAACAGAAAACUCCAACUGUAUAAAUGAAUGUAUUUCAUCAAAUAUUCCAACAAUAGGAUUAUGUGAUUCAAAUAUGGAUCCAAAUUUAUUAACUUAUCCUAUCCCAUGUAAUGAUGAAAAUGUUCGUUCUGUUAAUUUAAUGUUGGGAAUAAUGUCAAAAGCUGGUGAAUCUGGAUUAAAUAAAAGAUUGGAUAUUAUUAAAAAAUUAAAAGAAAAUGAAAGACAACAAUUGGAAAAACAAAGUAGAUAUCAACAACAAAUUGAGCAAAAUGAUGGUUCUGUUGUUGCUUAG